CUGGGGACUGCUGGGGACAGGCUGCAGUACACGUACUGCCGUGCCGGCGAAGGCUGCGAUGUGUACGAGCAGUUCGGAAGUGCAAUAUCCUGUCAUUAAGCACUAAUUUACAUACUCUGAGUUGAUCAGCGGUCUCUCUUAACGGUGAAUAUUCGUGUUUGUAGAACUCUGAACAACUUGUGAAGAGUGAACAGCCCCGGUAAAUCGAGACAACGAUUUGUUUACACAAACGGCUGGGGUGACGACGACGCCCACCUUGGGAAGAACGUUUAGUAAUCGCCGCUAAAGCUUUCAGACACAUUGAAAAAGUAUCUAAGAUGGAGGCAAGUCUGAGCAAUCACAUCCUCAACUUCUCCAUCGACCUAUACAAGCGACUGAAACCCUCCGGCAAAGACACGGCAGGAAACGUCUUCUUCUCACCAUUCAGUAUUGCAGCUGCUCUGUCCAUGGCCCUCGCAGGAGCUAGAGGCAACACUGCCAUGCAAAUCGCUGCCAUCCUGCACUCAAACGACGACAAGAUCCACAACCACUUCUCGAGCUUUCUUUGCAAGCUACCCAGUUACGCCCCAGAUGUGGCCCUGCACAUCGCCAAUCGCAUGUACUCUGAGCAGACCUUCCAACCGAAAGCGGAGUACACAACCCUGUUGCAGAAGUCUUACGACAGCACCAUCAAGGCUGUUGACUUUGCAGGAAACGCAGACAGAGUCCGACAGGAGGUCAAUGCCUGGGUCGAGGAAGUCACCAGGUCAAAGAUCAGGGACCUGCUCGCUCCCGGAACUGUUGAUGCAUCGACAUCACUUAUAUUGGUGAAUGCCAUUUACUUCAAAGGUCUGUGGGAUUCUCAAUUCAAGCCUAGUGCUACGCAGCCGAAAGAUUUCCAUUUGACGCCACAUACCUCAAAGACAGUGGACAUGAUGCAUCAGAAAGGGGACUUCAAAAUGGGUCACUGCAGCGACCUCAAAGUCACUGCGCUUGAGAUUCCCUACAAAGGCAACAAGAUGUCAAUGAUCAUCCUCCUGCCCGAAGACGUGGAGGGACUCUCAGUCCUGGAGGAACACUUGACCGCUCUGAAAUUGUCGGCUCUGCUCGGCGGCAUGAUUGUGACGCCCGAUGUCAACUUGCGCUUGCCGAAGUUCAAACUGGAACAGUCCAUAGGUCUGAAGGACGUACUGAUGGCGAUGGGAGUCAAGGAUUUCUUCACGUCCCUUGCGGAUCUCUCUGGCAUCAGCUCUACGGGGGAUCUGUACGCUUCGGAUGUCAUCCACAAGGCUUUUGUGGAAGUUAAUGAGGAGGGCACGGAGGCUGCAGCUGCCACCGCCGUACCCAUGAUGUUUGGUUGUGCGCUAUUUCCAGAGGUGGUUAACUUUUUCGUUGACCACCCAUUCAUGUUCUUGAUCCACAGCCAUGAUCCAGAUGUUGUUCUCUUCAUGGGAUCCAUCCGUGAACUCUAAAAAGCGUUGCUCUUAAAGGUGGCCAACCAGUCUGUGAGGUUAUCUCUUAGUCACUACUGUGUAACAAUUCUGCAAUAUUCAGCUUAUGUAUUUCGGUAACUUGCUAGAUCUUUGUGUUGUUGAUGUUAGGCUUCAUGUAAGAUGUGCAUUAAAGUAGGGAUGAGGACCAAAGCAAAUAAACGGAGUUAAAGCCACGAAACAGUCACCAACAAGCAUUGUGAGCUGGUGAAGAAGGCACAGUACAAUAUGAAGAUGAACGAACUUAAAAGUACUUAGCAAUGUUUCAGUUUUUAUACAUCGUUUAUUCUUCUUGCUUCCUUGCUGCAAAUUUUACUUGUCAUGCAGAAAGCCCUCACUUUUGCUGAGCUGUUUCUAUAUAAUUAUGUGCUCAAAUAACUAGAUAAGUGAGCUAGCUGAUGAGCUAGUUAAAUUAAUGUGAACAAACUGAUGUCUUGUGUUCAUGUGUAUUCAAUUUGCAUGAAUAUGUGUGUUAUCCAGUUCAGUGAAAUUGUCGGGCAGUGCGACCAUCUGAAGAAAUAUUUAAAUAAAUUUGUGGAAAUUUAUAUACAUCCUUGGUUGUGGCAGCACGGGGCAAGUUUGCCUACAAAAAGCUACACAAACAUGCACUGUACACCCUGCUUUGAGCCACCUAAACUUUCAUAUGCAGGGACUUUUUAUGUUGAUAUUUGCAUGCUCACGGAGUAUUUGUUGGGCCUGCAGUAGAGCAUGUAAUCAAAGUAGUGUGCAUUGUUAAUCACCAAAUAGUGGUAACAGAAUGCCGUACUGUGAUGUCCUGCUACCAGGACCAAUUUUAAAUAUGAUCCCCUGAUUGCUGAAUCUAGGGAUAUCUGCUCAAUGAGACCGCAUUUUGCAGAAUUUUUACGCGAAUAUAAAGUCAUGACACCAAAGGUGCUAUUUUAAGCUGCUAACUAGCAAUAUGUGCCAGUGUUCUUUUUCUUCUUGUAUUUCCGUUGAACAUUUAGAUGUUAUUCCUAUUUGCAGCAAUUAUAUUGCACAAAUGCACCUGCACAGAUCUUUUGAGCUGAAACACAAAUAUAGCUAGGGAGCUGCUAUGUGUAGAACUAGAAACUGUUAUUUUUGUUUUGUUUUGUUUUAAUAUUUCGGUGCAUGGUUCUGUUUUGAUAACAGCUGAUCCAUAAAAAAAAGCAUGCCGGAAAAAGGUAAAUAAAUGCUCACUUAAUGCACAGGAAUGCGCAAUAUCCGUGCAAUUGUAUGGCCCGCAGUGGCGUCACAAAA